AUGGCUGGCGGUUCGCUCGCGCCAGGCCAGACUGGUGGAGCCCCGCCCAACCAGCGCAAGCGCAAGUCUCCGGCCCCCGCCGCAGCCGCCGAGGACGAGGCGGAGGCGGAGGUGGAGGAGCUGGAGAGCGAGGUAGCCGAUCUGGACCGCCGCACCCUCGAGCACCUCCGCCGCACCGCCACCCGCCUCCCCGACGCUGCCUUCUCCCGCCUCGCCGCGCUCCGCCCUCCCGCACGCCUCGAAGUUCCAGUUGUCUCGGAAACAUCAGUUGCCGAAGAUGACCAAGAGCUUGAGAAAGUAAAGAUCCUCAAAUCCAAGAUCAAAGCUAAUAUUGCGGAUUUGCCCAAGAUUUGGGAGAGCCCUCCGGUUGCGCUGGCUUUGGCAAGAAUGGGUGGACGACUCCAAGCCUUGGACGGCUCAGAGCUUCCAUGUACUGACGGUGAUCGUCUACUCUUCAACUCCAUUAUAACUUUGGGGGAUGACGCAAAGACUAAGUUUUGGCACCAUAAUUGGCUUCAAAGUGAGGCUCCAAGAUACCUAGCCCCGAAUUUGUUUCGCCUUAUUUCAAGGAGAAAUCAAACGGUGCAACAAGAGCUCCGGAACAACAAUUGGAUGCGCUCGCUAGGAAUGAUAAUCACCUCGGCUGUCCACAUAGAGGAGUUUGUGUCCCUUUGA